AUGUAUACCUUAUUGAGUGGCUUUCACAAAUACCUUACGCGUAGAGAGGAAUUUUAUAUUGUCAUACUUGGACUUGAUAAUGCCGGUAAAACGACACUAUUAGAGCGUAUCAAGUCUAUAUUUCUUGGAGUUAUGGGCCUUUCGCCCGAUAGGAUUGCACCAACAGUAGGUUUAAAUAUUGGAAAAAUAGAUGUAAACAGAUCACGAUUAAAUUUUUGGGAUUUGGGAGGGCAACGUGAACUACAUGGUAUUUGGGAAAAAUAUUAUUCUGAAUGCCAUGCCAUCAUAUUUGUUGUUGAUUCAACUGAUAAAGAACGAAUCGAAGAAUGUAAAGAAACUUUUGAAAAAAUAAUUACAAAUGAAGAAGUUGAAGGAGUCCCAGUAUUGAUGCUAGCAAAUAAGCAGGAUUUACCAAAUUCUUUAAAAGUUGAAGAAAUUAAAGAAGUUUUCAAUAAAAUUGCGCUAAAAUUAGGAGCAAGAGAUUCUAGAGUAUUACCAAUAUCGGCUUUAGAAGGGGAAGGUGUGCGUGAAGCAAUAGAUUGGUUAUGUUUAAGAUUACAGCGUAAUAAGCAAAAUAGGCCACCAAUAUUCAAAUGA